CACGUCAACAUGCGCAUGCGCGGGUACUACGAUGACCGCACGAUCGGUGCGUCCAUCCUCAAGGGCGGCAAGGCGGUGCGCACGUGGAUCAAGGAGCUCGGCAUUCUGUGGAUCGACGCGGCCGGCGCGAAGCACUCGUUCCGCAUCGCCGCGCGCGACGGCAAGGAGAUGGCACGCGGGGCGGGGUACAUGGGGGAGAUGGAGUUUGACGGCAAGGCGCUCCCGCUGCUCUCCGUGGGCAGCAAGUACGCGCUUCCUGGCGGGCUGACGCUGGCGUUCACGGGGUACGAGAAGCAGGGCGGCGGGUUCUUCGACGUGGACGCGUACACGCUCGAGGUGGACGGGCUGAUCAAGCUGGACGUGAAGCUGCGGCCCGCGCACCCGCUGCUGCAGACGGCGGACGACGCGCAGACGCACAUCAACCUGCACUACACGAAAGUGGAGCGCACCCCCGCCAUGCACGGCAUCAUGGGGCAGACGUACCGCGAGGGCCGGCGGCAGCGCGCCGUGGAGUACACGUCGCUAUCUGUGCUCCUGCGGCGGUCGUUCGCGGCGGACGGCGUGGAGGGCCGCGGGUACCUGGACGGCGAGAUUAACGAGAACAACGGACUGCUUCCUGCGGAACGCUCGGCAUAACAUUUUUGCAUGAAUGGUACG